AUGCUAUCGUGGUUGUGGGCAUCCACCACUCCUCAGACGUCUGAGGUCGAGUUCAAGGGAUAUGCGAUAACCAGCCAGGAUCCAACUAAAUGGAGCGAUUUCUCGGUGAUUCCCUUCCAGCCCAAGACCUUCUCUCCAACGGACGUUGAGCUGCGCAUCACGCACUGCGGCGUUUGUGGGUCUGAUGUUCAUACGAUCACCGCAGGAUGGGGUGAGUUUGAGCGUCCAAUGAUUGUCAGGCACGAGAUCGUAGGAAUUGUCACGCAAGUGGGGCAGAAGGUGCGCGGAAUCAAGGUCGGAGAUCGUGUGGGGGUGGGAGCGCAGAUCGCGAGUUGUGGAGAGUGUAGAGCGUGCAAGACAGAUAAUGAGCAAUAUUGUCCUGAUUCGAUUGAGACGUAUAACGGCACUUACUCGGACGGGGUUCGAACUACGGGUGGCUACUCCACCGCUGUCCGUGCAGACGAGCGGUUCGUCUUUCCCAUCCCUGCCGGACUAUCUUCCGCGCAUGCGGCGAGUAUGUUUUGUGCUGGAUUGACCGUCUAUUCGCCUCUUGUGAGGAACGGCGCCGGACCUGGGAAGAAGAUCGGCAUAGUCGGUAUCGGAGGGUUGGGACAUUAUGCCAUCGUGUUUGGGAAAGCCCUUAGUGCCGAGAUGUACGCGUUCUCGUCCUCUCCGUCAAAGGUCGACGACAUCAAGCAGAUGGGCGCCGACCACAUCGUCAUCACCGACGACAACGGCAUUUUUGCAGAAAAAUAUCGAGAUACGCUCGACCUCAUUAUUUCGACGAGGGACAGCGUGAAGACGAUGCCUUUGAAGGCAUUCCGGAGCAUGCUGUGGGUGGGCGGCAAACUGGUAACGGUCGGUUUACCUGAUGAUGACUUCCCGCCAUUGUCAGGCAUGGACUUCACAGCGAACGCUGCAUUGUUCGGAGGAUCCAAUCUCGGAUGCAAGAAGGAAGCAAUGGAAAUGCUAGCCCUCGCAGCAAAGAAGGGGAUCAAGCCUUGGAUGGAGGAACUGCCCACGAAGGAGUGUAAGAAGGCGGUGGAAGGUGUGAAGGCCAACAAAGUACGAUAUAGAUAUGUCCUAUCUCAUGACCUCAUGUAAAGGCUGGUGAGGAGAGUUUCUCUCAUUUGGUCGUC